GCCUUCGGCAGCACACUAAAAAAGGCGCCCUCCACGAGCUAAGAUCGAUUUCACCGCUUUGAACUCUGCGGUGCAACAGUGCUACAAAAACAAAACAAAAAAACAUACACGAGCAUAUUGAGAGACUGUUCGUCACAAGGAACCGAUUUCUAAGUUUUACACAGAAACGCGGAUGCAGUUAAAUAAAUGUCUAGUACUGUACAAUACCGCGCAUGAGCAAACUGUUCCACUGUCUAGCUCAUUCAACCAACAGCCUAAGUUUGUGAUAGAGCUUAUAAAUUCGCUCCGGGGGAUCUAGGAAGAAUAACACGAUGUGAAGAUUGUGUCAUUUGUCGCUGCUCGUCGUCGUUUUUUCGUAAUUUCACUCCCUAACUAUUUUUGGGGACUCUUAGAGCGUACGAAAAUGUGAACUAAUUGCCCACGGGAGAGCACACAACAUCCUCACAUCCGCGGGUUCCCUUUGCAAAAUUCCGGUCGCAAGUAAAAGAAAAAACCGAAAAGGUUGAGGAAAGUUUGUUUUUAUCACUUCAAUGUAUAUGGGCUAUGUAGAACCAAUUAAUAUUACAAGUGUUGGCAAAUCUCUUAGUUCAUAUUGAUUGCCCUGCAGCAAGAGUGUGUUCGGUGAUGUAUUCGAGGCAAGCAAAAGGAAUGUCUGUCUGAAUCAAACGUUGCAAUAAAACAGGCGUGAAACCCACCACGAGCUAAAGGUGGCUGCUCUCAACUGGAGACAGUAAAAUAAAACAGGGGGAAUACCAAUUCCCCCUGGGUUUACAGGAUACAAAAAAAAUCUCUUUGCUGCAUUUUCGAGCCACGAGCAAAUACCGGGCAGUGAAAUAUUGUUACCAGUAGUGCUGUGUCUGCAGAAAUUUGUAAAAACAUUCACACUUUAGUGCACGGGAAGCAUCAUCGUAAUUUUGCUCAAUCGCCUUUUAGUGCAAUCAUUUUCCAUCGUGUUUGUGACUUAUGUAAUUGACUCCUUUGAUAUUAAGAGUCAGUACGCACAAUUCCGAGUGAAUCUGCAGCAAUCAACAAUGUACGCUACACAAGCGACAAAUAAGGAUUAUUAAUACAAAUUUUCAGCAUAUCAUAUCGUCCGGCAUCGACAAGUGGCAAAACCUUCGAAGAAACAAUUUGCGGAUAUGACCGCGCUGUGGACCAUUUUUGUCACAUAGUGUAUCCUGGUUAAACGAUCAGGGUGAUACACCACAAAACAUAUCUGUGGCAAAAAGAAAACAGUGUCCAAAGGCGGUCGUAGCAGUUCCGCAAAAGCACGCAUCUAAUUCAUUCUGGAGUUCGAUCCUGCGCACCCCUGUAUUGCACAGAAUAUGAGCGAGUUUGUCACGUGGGUUUGGAACAAGCUCCCGCGCCGGUAAAGAGGCACACAGUGCACUAACUGUGAAAUGAAUGUUCCAUAAGCAGCAUACACACGCUAAGCUAAACGCCUAGCACACAAACCUAACCGGAAAAGAGGAAGAUACAAACUCAAACGAAGGGAACAUUUGUCAAUAGAAAGGAAACCAACCGACAGUCCAAUUAUAUAGCCACAACUUUGGUCCUAGUGUCAUUUAAAUAGUCUGCUCGCAGAAUCCUUUCCCCGAAGUGAGAGGAACACAAGUGGCAGUGAUCUGCGUUUGCUUCUUAGUAUAUCGUACAAGCACUAUCAACUUUCACUCUUUGUUCUUACUACUGAUCAGCCUCCCGAAUUAACCCACUAAAAAUCACUAUAAAACCAACCCACAACGGCAACGUCUAAAUACAGUGUUGAGCGGUGUUCACUUCCGGCGAAAUCUGCAUCCAUCUAAUAUCUCGAAUGUAAAGCAUUCCCACACGGAACACACUUUUUACAUCGGAAACAACACGAGCACAAGAAACUAAAACCAUGAAGCCAAGGGAUACAGUGAAACAAGAUACUAGUGACGUAGUGGUGGGACCAACUCUCCAUCGGGAUAAUGUAGCUGCGUGUGAUACGAUGAACAUAAUGCUGCUAGACAGUCAAGGCACAGUCCCGCUCAGUUCCAGAAAUGAGAGUCAGCGAUCGAGUAUUUCAAACGCGGAGACGGUGGCCAUCCCUCAGUCGCUCGCAGCCAUUGCGCUAGACACGGGUCACACUUUUCGGGAUGAUUUCGACCACGGGAUACAAAUCGACACUCGCGGUGCCACCGAAUUCUAUCGUAUCGAUGAUGAUAGCUAUAGACCGUUUACAAUUUACGGGUCAACUGGUGAUGGCAAGGGCAAAAUUGCUACACUACCCGCAUCCACGACAGGAUCGCUAAGCUCGAUAAUAACUACAUCAAUUGCUUCUUCCGAGCCGGACCGGGUCGAUCACCGCAGCGGCGGUGAUGGCGGUACCGGCUGCUCCGGAAGUCUGGUGGAUGAAGUCAGUGAUGGAAGGCCUCUUGAUCAAAAGUGCGCGAUUUCCUGCGGCGGUAUUGCGGGAGCGCCUGGAGCGAGCACAGAUAACGGCGGAGACGAUGGCCAUGGGGCGGACAUUCGCCAAGAGAAGUGGUGGUACAUGACACUUCAGAUCGCAAUACCGUUCUUUGUCGCCGGCGUAGGUACCAUCGGAGCUGGAAUCAUACUAGGUCAUGUGGAGAACUGGAAGGUAUUCGUUCAUAUAUCGGAGCUAUUCAUCCUGGUGCCAUCGUUACUGGGACUAAAGGGUAACCUGGACAUGUGUCUUGCGUCGCGCCUCUCGACACAGGCGAACCUGGGCAACAUGUCCGGGCGGCGCGAGAUCUUCCAAAUGGUGCUCGGCAACAUCGCGCUGGUGCAGGUGCAGGCAACGGUUGCAUCCUUCAUCGUGUCCAUGUUUGCCGUCGUGGUGGGAGCUAUCAUCAAUGGUACCAUCAUCUUCGAUCACGUUAUGUUGCUGACCGCCUCGGCCAUGUUCACUGCCACUAGCUCCUGCUUUGUACUCGACUUCGUGCUGGUGGCUGUGAUUUUAAUUUCAAGUAGAACAACAAUGAAUCCUGAUAACCUGGCCACACCGUUGGCGGCAUCGAUUGGCGAUGUGGUUUCGAUAUCGUUGCUAGCCGCGAUGGCCACUCUACUUUUCGAACAUAUCGAUACACACUUGUGGGUAACGUUCGUCAUGGUUGCGGUGUAUGUGUUCCUGCUGCCGUUUUGGAUGCUCCUCGUUUAUCGCAACAAAUAUACACGAUCUGUGCUUUCUACUGGAUGGGUGCCAGUGCUGUCUGCUUUAUUCAUUAGUGGCAUGGGCGGCCUGGUGCUAGACAAGGCGGUUGGCAUAUUCAAUGGAUUCGUUGUGUUCCAGCCAAUUAUAAACGGCAUUGGCGGCAAUCUUGUUUCGGUGCAGGCCAGCAAAAUAUCCACGAUGCUUCACCAGAGCAGUAUUAUCGGUAUCAUACCGCCGCACGCGAAGAUUUUUGAGCUACCCUGGCGAGCGCUGUUUCACGGAGUCCCUUACGCUAGAACUGCGCGCAUUCUAAUCGCAAUGUCCAUACCCGGUCAAGUGUUGUUCAUAUUUGUGGCGGACUACAUUCACAUGUCGCGCUCAACCAUCGGUGCGCCCUUCGUGUUGUCUUACUUGUUUGUCAGCACACUCCAGAUUAUGUUACUGCUGUACAUUGCGCACAUCAUCAUUCAUUUGAUGUGGAAAUGGAAAAUUGAUCCCGAUAACUCGGCUAUUCCAUACCUGACUGCGCUGGGUGACCUGUUCGGCUCGAGCUUCCUGAUGCUGGCGUUCCUGUUCCUGCGAUCGAUCGGCCACCCGUACGGCGAAAAGUCGAGCGAAACAGUGGACGGAUUCAAGCUGCUGCCGGAGCUGACCACCAUUAGCGGCGGUACACUGUUGGAUCAAAUACAAGAUGACAAAGGUAUAUGAGAACUGAUCAUAGCAUCGCCGCCCUGUUUCGCUCUUGGCUAUGAGCACCUUAACACGGUCUAGAAAAUGGUAUAUGCUAGUUAUAAGUUGAAACGUAUGCUUAAAAAUAUGAGAUCUUUAUUAUCAUAACAUGUAACGUAUGCAUUAAAAAAAAUUGGACAAAUUUCAAAUAACGCUGAACAGAAACAAAAAAAAAGCAACGUAUGUACGAUAAUUGAUUUCUUGACCUCCUUACCGGGCCAGCCUGACGAGCAGGUGAGCCGGGAGUGUUUGUCAACAGUCCGUUUGUAAAACAGCGCGUUAGGAUGUAUAACUACCAAAUGCUUUACAAAACCCCCCAGAGAGGGAUGAAAUGCUUCAGUUUUUGGCCUUUGUGCGCGUGUCUUUGAGCAUAAUGGAAAGUGUAAGGCACCUCAGAAUGCACCGCUAGACUUGGCUCAAAGACGCUGCGACGUUGCUUCUCGCUGUUAGCAGACCACAAAAGGACAUUUUUUUCGAACAUUUUCACAUUCAAUAUAUAUUUUUUGAUAUAUUUUUUUUACGCCGUACACGGCACGGUGGUGUGCGAUGCACUUGCAUUUCAAUUCCCAUGUUCUUGAGGAAUUACCUGACAGUUUGGAUGAUAGCUUUUUUCCACACGCGAUAGUAGGCUAUAAAUGCCACACCGCCUGACACAAGAUGACUGCUUCAGAAUCCCAAUAAUAAAACACACCCUCAUAUGCCAUUCUGUUGGUCAAACUUGAUUGAAAUAGACUAAAAAAAUAUCAAAUUGUGUCUUCCCGACUCAGGGUUGCUAUGCUUGGUGACAAUUGUGCACAAGGCUGUCAUAGUGACCGCCUAAGCAACCUGUAAAUUUGUCCGUUUUUUUUUUAAUGCAUAAGUUACUGUAAAGCAAAACUGCAGAUUUUAACAGCCGCUUAGGUUUCGUAACCAAAUACCAUGCUCUGGACAGUAAUGAAAACGUGUAUAUUUGUAUGCGAGUGUGUUGGUUUCUAUUCCGUUAUGCCAGUCUAUAUUCCAAUGGGGCAUUAUUUGGCAUUAUUCCCAGUGCAGGCUUUCGGUACUUAAACUUAAACUUAGCUACGUAAUGCGAUAUUUUGAUCCGUACCUACCCAUGUAUGUAUAUAUUUUGAACCUUAAAAAUGAUUGAAAAGCGAAUAUUAAAAAAAAAGAAGACUUUUUUUUUAUUUCGGUCCCUUUGGCUGCUUACGCGAUGCGAUUCAAAACACAUUGGAAUGAUAUUGUCCAGACGUAAUGCAAGUAAACAGCGUCAAACCAAGCAGGCUAGGUCGGCCGUACAUGCAUCGGUCUAAUUAGAAAAUACCGCUACGAAACAGAAUAAACGUACGGAGAGCAUGUUUCUUUCUUUCUGGUAGACGUUGGUUACUGUUCGAAAUAUUCCUAUGUGUAUAUAUCCAUAUUUUUUGUACUAGUUAGCUUGAUUUUUUUAAAUUAUCAUAGCGGUUUGAGUUACUGAAUGUUGGGCUAAAUCUAACGGCACUUUGUCCCGAGACGGUAUGGCGGCACAAUUUCCCCAAACUUUGAAACAUAACCACGCGGCCGUUCCUGCUUCGUUUGGGGGUUUAGUUUAAUUUAGUUCCCUAGUAAAUUAAAUCGAACGCGGACGCUUCGUAUUACGGUCUGUUUCCACGCUACAUAGUCUUAUAGUCUUUACCACAUCGCUUUCCAGCCAGCACAACAUAUUACAUUUAUUGCUGGAAUGUUUUGCAACAACAAUGUAAUAGUUUAGUCCACAAUUUCAGGCCCAUAAAAUCAUUUGAGCGCUUGGAAAUAUUCUUGAACAUUAUCAAUCAUUUGUCUUUGUUCAUAUCUAUUUUGCUCAUUAGCCUGAGGGCUUUUACAACAGAGCGCAUCCAUUACACCCUUUUUAAAAAAAACUACCGGCUAUGUUGAAGCCGUCUCGGUUUGACAGAAAGUUGCACCCUUUACAGAUACGGUUGUAUCAUUAUACACACAGGAUCGAAGUGUCCGGUUUUUUUUUCUUUCAAUUUGUUAAUUAAUCCCUUUGAACAAAAAAAAAAACAUAAAAUAUUGCCUUCCAUUUAGAAAUACGAAAAAAAAAAUAAAAAGAAAGAGAACUAAAGUAUAGAAAAGAAACAUAGUCGAAAAAAUCGUUUUCAAUUACUAGCUAUUCUAAAUUCUAAAAAUGCUCUAAAACACUCAAAUAAAAUCAAAUAGCCAGUUUUGGAGAUUGAUCAUUUUGACAUCAACAUUUGUUCGUUUUUCCUCAUUAUCUUUUGGGCAGAAAAAUCGCGUGCUGCGAAGUUUGUCAUUGGUAAUCUAUUUAAAAGAAUUUUGACACGCUCUUCUUGCUCGCUUGAAGAAAUUAGUAAAAGGUGGUGUGUUUUGCUUAGAUUUGUUAAUCUCACAGGACUCUUGAUAAUUCUUGUCUAAUUGGAAAUUGUCUAUAAAUCUUUGUCCCUCUGUUUAGAGCAGCAAGUGACUGAAAACUUUGUUUUCUUUGUGUUGAGGUGUUGAAGCAAGAAGCAGAACGAUGCUCGUGAGGUGGUAUGAUGCUAGAUGGUUACCAUAACAUUACACUGUAGAUGUAAAUAGAAAAGAAUUAUAUUGUGUCCCACACAGAAGCGGCCAGGAGGAGAAGCGGUGAAGCGAAUAACAAAAAAAUAAAAGACAACAAUAACAAAGUA